AUGCUCGAAUCUCCUCACCUCCUCUCUGCAAGUCUGGCACUAUCAACCGCAAGCUUCGAGUCGAGGGGCAUGACAGAAGUCGAAGGGACCAGCACAUCCCGAAUAAUGGAACAUUUGCAGUCUUCAGGUCUACCACUACUGAGAUCAGCACUGGCACAGGGGCAACAGAGCGAGAUUCUUAUUGCGACAUGCCUGAUCUGGUGCCUGGCGGACGUGUUUUCAGGUCAGCAGGGAAUGUUCAGGUGGCCAAUACACCUUCAGGGUAUAAAGGCUCUUCUUCACGGCCGUAGUGAUUAUCACAGAUUCGUGGCAAGCGAUAGUGCCUUGAGAUCUGCGAUGAAGCAUCUCUUUAUGCUGUAUCGCAGUUUAGAGACUCUACCACACGUACCUAAAAUAACAUCAGAGAAGGCCAACCUGAUUGUCCCCGCUAAUACAGCAUACAAUCAUCAGAUUGAUGGCUUUCUGGGGUACAGCGAAGAGCUGCUUGACAUCUUGCAACAAAUCAACGCAUUUACACCAGGAUCAGGGCUUGAAGACUCUUCUAUUGAUGCAGAUACCUUACUGGGCAAGCUGAACGCCAUGAUCAGGCGAGAUGUCAAGUCGCCGCCCGGCGUCUCAAUCUCCUCACUUUCAUCACAAUCAGGCCGCGAGUUCGCGCUCUGUAACAAAGUCUUUCAACAAGCCACCUUGAUCCAGCUUUAUCGACAAUUAUACGGCCUACCCUCAUCAUCACAGCCUAUACAGGAUGCUGUUCAGACUAUCAGCGGAAUGAUCAGCAACAUGGCCCAAGGCGAACCAUGCAACACUUGGGUCGCAAUGGCCAUGCCUCUAUUCACUGUUGGCUGUGAAGCCUACAAAGAGGAGCAGAAGACUUUCAUACUUGAUAAGAUACACAAACUUGAGAUUUGUAUUGGCUCGCUACAUGUCAAGGUAAUUGAGCAGGCGCUGGAAGAUAUUUGGAAAAUCAGAGAGGGUUGCAACGAUUUCGAGGGAAAUUUAUGCGCCAGUCACUUACUGGGUGAGUUAUUCCCUUAUACCUUUUAUUAA